UAAAUCCCAUAUGUAAAUAAAGCGCUUUAAACCAAUCGUAUUUUACCACAAUCCCGCCAAAGCUUUUAAGAAGCUCGAUAAAAAAAAAUGCAUAGUUUUCCGAAAAACGCGACAUCACAAUCAAUAAAUUAUCUCAAGCGUUAUUUCUCCAAUAGCUCUCCACAUUUACAUGUGCAGUUUAUGACCCGUUGUAACGUUGUGGACAAUAGCGAAUUGGCGAAAGAGGCCAAGUUGGCUGGAAAAAUGGCGAAAUGCAUUCACGUUUACAAUCAUAAAACUGGUCUAGCCUCUCCCGGUGAUAGAAUUUUGGUAGCUUUGAUGGGACAAAAAAGGAAAGCGAUAGUAGUUGGAACCAAAGUAAAACAAAGGCCUAUGCACCCACGUUUCGACGCUAUUAAUAUAGUGCUAGUCGAUGAUAAAGACGUCCCCCUAGGGAAUAAAGUGACGGGCCCUAUACCGGGUUACACACUGAGAAGAAACACGGCUAAAAGAGGGGACAUAAGGGGAAGGGCCGAUUGCACCAAAUUGCUCAGCAUAGCCCAAACCAUCAUUUAAAAAAAAAUGAAUAAAAUAAUAAUAAAUUGUAUUUUUUUUUAAAAAUUUUAUUAAAGAUUUUAUAAUGUCCAUUUGAUACAUAAAUUCUUUAUUGAUU